AGCUGCUUGUGUAAGAACGGUUUAUGAUGUCGCGUCUUCUUUGACGAGGAAGAAGCCACAUGCUCGGGUGCUUCAAUGUUCUCUCAGAAUUAGAGCUUCUCAUUCCAUGGCUAACAAGAAGGAUAUCUACAAACAAGUGGGUCUGUUCCAAAAUGCUAUCUUUUUUUAUUCUUUCUUUUUGUUGUGUAAGAGCCUGUGCUAACUGCUUUUGUUCCAUGAUUCUGUUAUUUUUUUGCCUGGACUUGGAAUAAGUGUUAUUAGUGGUUCAAUUUGGUGUUUGCUAUGUUGGGUGUGGCUUUUAUUAUUCAUUUAUUACUAUAUCUAUGUCAUUACCCUUUUGCUUUACAGGAGUGAAAAUGGGAAGGUGGAAAAUGGAGAAGUGAGAUUUGAAGAGGUUUAUUUUCUCUAAGAAAGAAAAUUGAAGAUGCAGUUCUUCGUGCUGAGAUGUUUGCAUCAACAGCCUUGGAAACAGAACAAGCAACAUGGAUUAAACAGGAAGAAUUGGUACGCGAUUUUGAUUUGUGGGAUGAUCCAGCUAAGUCCAAUGAUGUUCUUGUCAAGUUGGCUAACAGUGCCAAAGUGGUUGAUUCUCUUAAGGACUUGAAAUACAAGGUGGAGGAAGCAAAGCUGAUCAAGCAGUUGGCUGAGAUGAAUGCUAUUGAUUAUGGGCUUUAUAACCAAGCAUACGAAGCAUCUUUGGAUGCAAGUGAGAUUCUAGAUCAAUAUGAGAUGUCUAAGCUUCUUAAGGGACCAUUUGAUAUGGCAGGAGCAUGCUUGGUUAUAAAAGCUGGACAUAGUGGCAUCCAUCAUAAGCUCUGGGCAGAACAGCUCCUAAGAAUGUAUGUUAGAUGGGCCAAAAGACAAGGUUAUGAAGGAAGGAUUGUUGACAGGUGUCCAUUCAAGCAUGGAGGACUUAUUUCAGCAACUAUAGAAUUUGAAUUUGAGUGUGCUUAUGGCUAUCUUUCAGGGGAAAAAGGUUUUCACCACUUGAUAAGAGGUUCUACAGAUGAAUGUGCUCAGCUUGAGGCUAGCUCAGCGAUUGUAGAUGUAAUUCCCAUGUUUCUUGAGAAUGCUUGUGAUCUAGAAAUUGAUUCCGAUGAUUUGAUUAUCUCAUCUCCCUUGAUUCAAGGAGAACAGAAGAGACAAACUGAGCUUACAGUUUGCAUUCAGCAUCGGCCUACCGGCAUAAGUGUCCAAUCCUCUGGUGAGAGAAGCCAUUUUGCAAAUAAGAUUAAAGCAUUAAACAGAUUGAAAGCUAAACUUCAAGUGAUAGGAAGGGAACAAGGAGUUGAAAGUAUAAAUAGUAUAAGGAAGGAAAACAUUGUCAAUUUGUGGCAAGAAGCAACUAGAAGGUAUGUAUCUCAUCCGUACAAGUUAGUACAUGAUGUAAAGACAGGUAUUGAGGUGCCAGAUCUAAAUUAUGUUUUGGAUGGGAAUAUUGGAUCCCUUAUUGCAGCUCAUAUUAAUACCAGAGUCAUCUCAUAAGGUUUGAAUCCAUGUUCCUUAGGCCACCUUGUUCUUAUCCUGCUAUUACUUAGCAUAAUAGACUUAGUAUUUUCACUUUUUCAAUCCUGAAAAUUCUCAGGAAUUACCUCAAUUGAUUUAUUGGAGAGGAAAGAAAUUUGAGUAUCAAUUCAUCCAUUUUGGCUUGUAUUGACAGAUUUUGUUGAUGAGUUGAAGGUCAACAGCAUUAUAUU